CCUUGUUCUCUCUCACCCUCGUGCUCACUCGCUCGCUCUGGCUUUUGUGUGAGUGGGCGUAUGUGUGUGCAGCACUGUCCGGGAAAAAAAUAAUGUGUGUGUGAGACAGAGAAAGACAGACACACGGGCAAAGAAAGACCGCAAGGAGUCAGACAGACGAGAAAGGAGGACACGAGGAGAAGCGUAGAAGCAGACGCGCAGCAGUGAAGAUUGCAGACGUGAACACAAGUGGAGAAUGGAAGACAACACGACAGGUUUAGCUCCAGUGUGCAACUCUACAGCCACGCUGAACCACCACUGCACCGAUGACAGUAUUUCUGCAGCGAGCACAUCAGAUGUGCAGGACCGCCUGUCGUCUCUGGAGCUGCGGGUGCAGCAGCAGGAAGAUGAGCUGACGGUGAUGAAGGCCGCGCUGGCAGACGUGCUCAGACGUCUGGCUCAGUCGGAGGACGCCGCCGCUGCUGCCAAAAAACAGCAAAGCAGCAAAGGUCAGACCCCGCUGCGUGAGGCCUAUUCAAUGUCCUGUAUUGCCAAUGGCAGUUCCAGUGUCCGCAAAUCUCACAGAGAUAGUUCCACAGUGUCCAUAGCAAGGAAAGGGACACUCUCCUCUGCCGCUAAGAGCAGGGGUAGCAGUGCGAAGCGUGGAGGAAUGGAGCGUUCUCAGAGUACCACGUGGGACAGCGGAGAGGAGAACAGGAAUAAGCUGGUGAAAGCUGCCUCCACCUCCAAACUGCUGUCCAAAGUGGUGAAGAAUGCAGAGAAACACCGAGAUCCAGUCAUCAGCCAAGCUAAAAUGUCAACCCGUGAAAAAAACAGUCAAGAGGGUGAAUAUAUUAAAAUGUUCAUGCGAGGACGACCCAUCACAAUGUUUAUCCCAUCGGACGUGGAGAAUUACGAUGAUGUCCGGACCGAACUUCCCCCAGAGAGACUCAAACUGGAGUGGGUAUAUGGCUACAGGGGACGUGACUGCCGUGCAAAUGUGUACUUGCUACCUACCGGGGAGAUUGUGUAUUUCAUCGCCUCGGUGGUUGUGCUCUUCAACUAUGAGGAGAGGACACAGCGGCACUAUUUAGGACACACUGACUGUGUCAAAUGUCUUGCUGUUCAUCCAGAUAAGAUCCGUAUCGCCACAGGACAGAUAGCAGGCGUGGAUAAGGAUGGCAGGCCGCUUCAGCCUCACGUGAGAGUUUGGGACUCCGUCAGUCUGUCCACGCUGCAGAUCAUCGGCCUCGGCACCUUUGAGAGAGGAGUUGGAUCCCUCGCUUUCUCUAAAGCCGACUCAGGCAUUCAUAUCAGUGUGAUUGAUGACUCUAAUGAGCACAUGCUCACUGUGUGGGACUGGCAGAAGAAAUCAAAAAUCGCUGAGAUUAAGACAACCAAUGAAGUGGUCUUAGCAGUGGAGUUUCACCCGACUGACGCCAACACCAUUGUUACUUGUGGGAAAUCCCAUAUCUUCUUCUGGACCUGGAGCGGUUCCUCACUCGCCCGCAAACAAGGCAUCUUUGGCAAAUAUGAGAAGCCCAAAUUUGUUCAGUGUUCAGCCUUCCUCAAUAAUGGAGACAUCCUGACUGGAGACUCAGGAGGAAUCAUGCUGAUAUGGACCCGCAGCACCGCUGAACCAGCACCAGGGAAAGGGCCGAAAGGAGCGUUUCAGAUCACGCGUCAGAUCAAGGCUCACGAUGGCAGCGUCUUUACACUGUGUCAGAUGAGGAACGGCACUCUGCUCACAGGGGGCGGCAAAGACCACAAGAUCAUUCUGUGGGACCAUGACCUGAAUCCAGAGAGAGACAUCGAGGUCCCAGAUCAAUAUGGCACUAUUCGUGCAGUAGCCGAGGGCAAGGGGGAGCAGUUUUUGGUGGGCACAUCACGCAACUUCAUUCUGAGAGGCACUUUCAACGAUGGAUUCCAGGUGGAAGUGCAGGGACACACGGAUGAGCUGUGGGGUCUGGCCGCCCACCCGUUCAAGGACCUGUUUCUCACCUGUGCUCAGGACAGACAGGUGUGUCUGUGGAACUCAGUGUACCACACACUGGAAUGGACCAGACUGCUGGACGAGCACGGGCACUGCGCAGAUUUCCAUCCUAGCGGUUCGGUUGUUGCCAUUGGUACUCACUCAGGGAAGUGGUAUGCUCUGGACGCAGAGAUGCGAGACCUGGUGGCCAUUCACACAGACGGCAAUGAGCAGCUGUCAUUAAUGCGCUACUCUCUCGAUGGCACGCUGCUGGCAGUGGGAUCACAUGAUAACUUCAUUUACCUCUACACGGUGUCGGAUAAGGGACGCAAGUACAGCAGAUAUGGUUUUUUUCUUGCAUUUCUGUGCCGAGCAGACAACCAGACGUCUCUGUGUCUCUCCUCAGAUGGCACGCUGCUGGCAGUGGGAUCACAUGAUAACUUCAUUUACCUCUACACGGUGUCGGAUAAGGGACGCAAGUACAGCAGAUAUGGGAAAUGCACUGUGAGUGUUUGGCCGGAAGGUUCAGAUGGGACAGAUAUCAAUGCCCUUGUGCGAUCUCACAACAGGAAGGUGAUCGCUCUGGCUGAUGACUUCUGUAAAGUGCACCUUUUCCAGUACCCCUGCUCAAGACCGAAGGCCCCAAGCUACAAGUACAGUGCCCACAGCAGUCACGUGACAAACGUGAGCUUCAUGCACAGCGACAGUCACCUGAUUUCAACGGGCGGCAAGGACAUGAGCAUCAUGCAGUGGCGUCUGGUGGAGAAGACCUCAUCCUUGGUGCACAGCGACUCCAGCCUGGGCCUGGGCGAUUCCCUGCUGCACAACUCCACCCCUCGCACCCUGCCAUCGGUACCCAGCGUUCCCCACACUCCUACUGAGCCCAUGCCGGUGCCAGCCUCGCUACCCAUCAGCAGCCAACCCAACACCAACACUCCCCCUCUCACUCCCACCGAACCCCUGCACACAGUUACUCCUAAUGGACAGCAGGACGGCUCCCCCGAAACCCCGCCCCUUUCAGAUGAGGCCACAUCCACAUCCGAUAGCACCCUGAGCCCCAAGGACAGCCUAGAGCCUAGCGACGAUACAGCCACACCCAGUGAUGAGGGCACAACCUUUAACCCGCCCUUAUAAGGCAGUCCGACCCCUUCUCUCGCCUGCUCGAUAGCCCGCCCAAAGGCACCAGCAUGUCACUGCAGCCUCCCUGUCGGAUUACAAAAGCAGGGUCUCCUCAGUUUUUUAUCCUUUCAAGAUUUUCUUUUCAUUUCAUGUCUUAGUUUUGUUGUUAUGUUGACAUUCAGUAGAUGUGGUUGUGGAGGCAUUGGUUUGGGUUGGAUGGUUGGAGGUUUGGAAUGUGUAGUUAAAAACCUUUGGAAAGAUUUAGCACACCUACAAGUUUACACUGACACACACACACACACGCAUGCAUACACUACCACACAAACACUAAUACACAUGCAUAGACACAUCGAUAACUGUGAUACAUUAAAAAGGAGAAGAAAGCAAAUGAUUUACCAGUUUUAGAUUCAUGUAAACAGAUAAACGGACAAAUACUACAUAAAAUGGACACAUGCUUUCAAUUUAUUGGCAUUUGGCAUAUACAUCAAUACACUUACUGCUUAAGGAUCAAUAACUAAGGAUGAAUUAAGUUGAAUUACCAGACCUUUUCCUCACUUUCCUCACCCAACAAAAUGAACUUUCUGUAUUUAUUUACUCAUC